GGUGAGUCCGGGUGAGGAUGACGAUGACUCACGUGGGGGCAGUAUUUGGUGCAGUAAUCGCAGUGAUGGCCAUCCUACUGCACUCCUCCAUUCACAAGAUAGAGGAGGGACACCUAGCUGUUUACUACAGGUAUGAUCUGUGACCCCCGACCCUCUACGUCCUCCAUUCACCAGGUAGUGAAAAACUAUGAAGAGUAGAUUCAUAUUAUUGGUUAAUUUCACUGUUCUGUGUUUUAGAGGAGGAGCGUUGCUAACCACACCCAAUGGCCCUGGAUACCACAUUAUGAUGCCCUUUCUUACCACCUACAGAUCAGUACAGGUACUACUUGUCUUACCUUUCAAUCCUGACCCCCUGACUUCUAACUCUGGAUACCACAUCAUGCUGGCCUUUAUUACAUCUACAGAUCAGUGCUAAUAAUGAACGUUCUCUUCCAGACGACUCUUCAAACGGAUGAGAUAAAGAAUGUGCCUUGUGGAACUAGGUAAAUCUAGAACAGUUGCAUGGUGAUUCUGAAAGGUGUUUGUGUGUAUGGCUGUGUGCGUGUGCGGCGGAGGACGUUAUCCAUGUGUGUGACCAUGUUUCUGAUGUGUGUGUUCUCUCCACAGUGGGGGAGUGAUGAUCUACUUUGACCGUAUAGAGGUGGUCAACAUGCUGGUGCCCUCAUCUGGUAAGCCCUUCAGAACUACUAGCUAACAGAGUGGAUCCCUAGGACACCUAUGUUGUCCCCAUUGCUAUGUAGGUGGAAAGGGUGGGUGACGUUUCUACUUUCUUAGUAUAUACUAACCUCUCUCUCACUCUUCACAGUGGUGGAUACAGUGAAGAACUAUACCGCUGAUUAUGACAAAACUCUCAUUUUCAACAAGAUUCACCACGAACUCAACCAAUUCUGCAGCGUACAUACUCUACAGGAGGUCUACAUCGAGCUGUUUGGUGAGCACACACACACUCACUUCUAUAUCAGUUGAAACACUUUCUGUACAUCAGUGUAGGAGCCCAGUAUAACUCCUGUUUAUCUGCUGCGUCUUGGUCUAUUAGACAUCAUUGAUGAGAACCUGAAGAUCGCUCUGCAGAAAGACCUCAACUCUAUGGCGCCAGGACUGACGAUACAGGUACACACACACCAGGGUUGGGGUCAAUCACUCACACACACACACACAAACACCAGGGUUGGGGUCAAUCACUCACACACACACACACACACACACACCAGGGUUGGGGUCAAUCACUCUCACACAAACACACACACACACACACACACACACACACACACACACCAGGGUUGAGGUCAAUCACUCACACACACACACACCAGGGUUGGGGUCAAUCACUCACACACACACACACACACACACACACACCAGGGUUGGGGUCAAUCACACACACACACACACACCAGGGUUGGGGUCAAUCACUCACACACACACACCAGGGUUGGGGUCAAUCACUCACACACACACACACACACACACACACACACACACACCAGGGUUAGGGGUCAAUCACUCACACACUCACACACACACACACACACACCAGGGUUGGGGUCAAUCACUCACACACACACACACACACCAGGGUUAGGGGUCAAUCACUCACACACUCACACACACACACCAGGGUUGGGGUCAAUCAAUCACUCUCACACACACACACACACACACACACCAGGGUUGGGGUCAAUCACUCACACACACACACACACACACACACACACACACCAGGGUUGGGGUCAAUCACUCACACACACACACACACACACACACACACACACCAGGGUUGGGGUCAAUCACUCACACACACACACACACAAACACACACACCAGGGUUGGGGUCAAUCACUCACACACACACAAACACACACACCAGGGUUGGGGUCAAUUCCAUUCCAAUUCAGGAAGUAAACUUGGAGCGUAAUUGUAAUUUCAGUUUACUUCCUGAAUUGACUGAAUUAAAUGGGAAUUGACCCCAACCCUGACACGAACACACACACACCUGAGUAGUUGGGCACAUUCAGCAGGACGCAAUGUUUUGGAACAUUCAGAUAAUAAUAUGCUAUGUAGAACAAUAAUGCCUCUCUGACAUGUAGAAUAAGGAAUCACGUCAGUGCUAUUCGUGGCACUUCUAUCUGCAGCAUUCGACAACCAGGGCCUAAAAUGAACACCCGCCAAAUGCGGGUAGAUUUUGGCAUUGGUGGGUAAGAUGUCUAUUUCACCAGCCACGUUGGUGGGUGGUCAGGGCUCCACAGUGCCCAAGUAUGAUCACAUUUAUAGCAAAAUAAAUGCUUCAGUAGCUGUUUUCAAAGUUUUGUUUCAUAGCUGGUAAAUUAAACGCAUAAAGUCAAAGACCUACACUGAACAAAAAUAUAAACGCAUCAUGUAAUGUGUUGGUUUCAUGAGCUGAAAUAAAAAAUCUCGCGCAAAAAGAUUAUUUCUCUCAGAUUUACUUCUUACUAGUAAUACAUGUGUUGUUUUAGAAACAUUACAAAGCAUGUUUACCCGU